AUGCACACUGCAGGUGUAGUCACAGCUAGUGAUACUAUAUUCAUGGUGGGACGGCGAGCUCAGAUGUUGGAACAGAAGUGCCAGGCUAGCAGUCAUACUAUGCUCGCCGUUCGAGCUCCUGUGGCCGAUAUCGAGGGCUCCUCCGAGGGCAAGCCGUACACAGUUGCUUGUAUCAACGGCCCUUCAGAUACGGUCCUCAGCGGCACCAAAGCGCAGAUGGACGAUAUCGCAGUCUCCCUUCAAAAGGCGGGCUACCGAUGCAUCAAGUUGGAUGUUGCAUUUGCCUUUCACUCCGAGCAAAUGGACCCCAUUUUGGAUGACUUCGAAGCAAUUGCAGCAACCGGUGUCAUCUUCCAGGAGCCCAAGGUGCCUGUCAUUUCUCCGCUGCUAGGAAAAGUGAUAUUCGAUGGCAAAACGCUGAAUGCAAGCUAUGUCCGCCGGGCCACCAGAGAGACGGUGGACUUUGUCGCGGCUCUUAACAAUGCAGAGAAGAUCCAUACGAUCAGCGAUGCGACUGUCUGGGUCGAAAUCGGGCCGCAUCCCGUAUGCACUAACUUCAUCAAAGCGACUCUACCAUCCACUGAAGUCGCUCUCCCAUCAUUCCGACGUGGCGAGGACAACUGGAAGACCAUGGCUGAGAGUAUGGCCGCCCUGCACCUCGCCGGAGUCGACGUUAGCUGGAAUGAGUUCCAUCGCCCGUUUGAGCGCAGACUCCGACUCCUGAACCUGCCAGCAUAUGCGUGGAGUGAAAAGACCCACUGGCUGCAGUAUACCGGGGACUGGUGCUUGACCAAGGGGAAUACGUUCUACGAGGCGGAAAAGAAGCCUGCACCGAAGGCACUGCCGGCUAGCGAGAUUCAGACGACAACAGUGCAGCAGAUCAUUGAGGAGACAUUUAAUGAGUCUGCUGGUACGGUGGUCAUGCAGUCGGACCUCAUGCAGGCCGACCUCCUGGCCGCCGCUCAUGGACACAGCAUGAAUAACUGUGGUGUUGUUACGUCGUCCAUCCAUGCCGACAUUGCAUACACCCUUGGCGGAUAUCUCUACCGCCGUCUGAACCCACGAGCCAAGGAUGUCAAGGAUGUCAACAUGAAUGUUUCCAACCUAGCUGUUACGAAGGGAUUAGUUGCACACACCAACAAGAAGGUCCCUCAGCUAUUCCGUGUGACUGCUACCACUGCCGAUGUUCACUCGGGCGUGGUCGACUUGACCUGGCAGAACGUGGACAACGACGGCAACGCUGAGGAGCCAUUCGCCACUGCGAAUCUCUAUUACGGAGAUGCGUCCGAGUGGCUGGCAUCUUGGGAGCCCAUUUCACACCUCGUCCAUAGCCGCAUCGGAGAGCUCGAGAAUCUGGCAGCACAGGGCAAGGCCAACCGCCUUUCGCGGAAUAUGGCCUACACCCUCUUUGCCAGUAAUCUGGUGACCUACGCCGACAAGUACCGCGGAAUGCAAUCAGUCGUCAUGCAUGAACUGGAAGGAUUUGCGGAUAUUGAAUUAACCACCAAGGAAAGUGGUACGUGGACAGUCCCGCCAUAUUUUAUCGACAGUGUAGCACACCUGGCCGGCUUCAUCAUGAACUGCUCCGAUAGCAUAGACACGCAAAACAACUAUUGCGUGACUCCUGGCUGGAAGGCAAUGCGAUUCGCAAAGCCUCUUACCCCAGGAGCCAAGUACCGUUCCUAUGUGAAGAUGAUCCCGACGGCCGCAGACCCAACUGUCUAUCUCGGCGACGUGUAUAUCCUGCAGGCCGAUGCCAUCGUUGGUAAGGUGGAUGGCAUCCAGUUCCGUCGCUAUCCUCGCAUUCUCCUUAACCGUUUCUUCUCACCGCCGGAUAAAGUGGCAGCGAGUGAAGGGAAGCCAACAGGUAAACCCACUGCUCAGACACCACCAGCUCCCAAGACGACAACCGCCAUAAAGCCCGAAAAGCCUGAUGAGAGCACGCCAUCUUCAAACGUUACCCCCGCUGCACCUGCUCCCCCCAAGAGCGUUGCAUCUGCAUCCCCUGCUGGGCCUGCUCCGUCUGACAGUGCUGCAUCGAGUGGUAUCUCCGACAAAGCAAUCCUGCUCAUCGCGAACGAAGCCGGCUUGGACCUCGCUGACAUGGAGGAUGGGGCUCGUUUCGCCGACUUGGGUGUUGACAGUCUCAUGUCGCUUGUCAUCUCGGAGAAGUUCAGGGCGGAGCUGGACGUCAAAGUCAACGGAAGUCUGUUCUUGGACUACGAGACGAUUGGAGAUUUGAGGGAGUGGCUGGAUGAGUACUACAGUUAG